AUGUCCUCCUUGGCAGAUUCUUCUCCCAGAUUUCCGCUCGUCUCAUGCCGCCACCUCCUCCGUGCCCUCCUCUUCUUCCCUCCCAGCCGUCGACAUGUCCAAGCCGGACGGAAGCAGCUCGUCGUCCUGACAAUGACCUUGGAAAAACUGAAUCUCGACAGUCGGUCGCUGAGCCCGUUGCCCUCGAGCCUGCGCGGCGGCCUCAUCGCCAUCGCCGUCCUCGCUCUCGUCUCCUUCGUCGCCUGUGCGACGCUCUUCGUCUAUCUCACCACCAAGCUCGUCGCCUGGCGCUACUUCCUCAAGGAGCACCCUUCACCACCCUCCCCCCAAGUGCCCGCCUCACCGCCUCAGCCGACGACGGAAUUCACCCUCGGCAUCGACGGCAUCUUCAAGGGUCCCCCGCGAGAUGGAGACCAGGAUGACGCCGCUUCGGACCUCCCGUCGUCGGGUGCCGUCCUUCGCUCGCAGCCGGUCAGGAAGCCGCCGAACCAGUUCCUCGUCUUGAUCUAUAACCUCUUCCUCGCCGACAUGCACCAGAGCCUGGCAUUUCUGCUCAACGCCAUCUGGCUGCGCCGCGACGGCAUCCUCGUCGGCACCUCGACUUGCUGGAGCCAGGGCUUCUUCGUCUCGACGGGCAACUUGGCGAGCAGCAUGUUCAUCAUGAGCAUUGCCAUUCACACCUACAUGUCCGUCGUCGAGAAGCGCCGUCCGCGCCAGAGAUUUCUGUACCUUUCCGUCGUCGCCAUCUGGCUCUUCGUCUACCUCGUGUCCCUUCUACCCGUUGCCCUGACGCGGAAUGGUGAGGAACACGGCGGCUUCUACGUCCGCGUGGGCGCCUGGGUAUGUCUUGGUCUUCCCGUCCGACCCGUCCGGGGACCGCAGCUAAGCGUUUGUCAGUGCUCGAUGAACAAGGAGUACGAAAAUCUCCGUCUCGCCACCCACUACUUGUUCAUCAUCCUCGCGCUCACCAUCACCUCGGCCCUCUACGUCACCACCUUCAUCUCCCUGCGCCGACCGCGGACCCGGGCCCGCAAGACGGUCGACCCCGACGGCGAGGCCGUCUUGACGCACAAGACGGCCUUCCUCAUCUACCCUGCCAUCUACGUCGCCUGUACCAUGCCCCUAGCCUUUGGCCGCAUCGCUACCAUGGCCGGCCAGAAGCUGCCAUUGGGCUUCUUUUACUUUGCAGGUGCCAUGAUUGCCUUCAAUGGCUUUUUUGACUGCUUGCUCUUCGGCUCGACCCGCAACGUGCUCAUCUUCGGCCUCGCCGAGGACCUCGGUUCCGAGGAUACGGGCGUCAAAACCUUUGCCUUUCUGCAGACGCCCAAGUCGCGCCAAUUCGGCAACCUCGUCUGGAUCGAGGGCGGACGUGCCGCGCCUGCACGGGAGGACCCCGUCGAUCGCCCUUGCUUUUGGCAUCGUCUGCGAAAUGGUAGGCGGCGAACGGAACACUGGCCGCGACAGGAGCCGCGAAACACGAGCCGAGCAUCGCUGAGGUCCACGGCGAUUCACAUGGACACGGUCAUGAGCGUCGUCGUCGAGGCGGGCGAGUCUAAUCAGCAUCAGAGCUACCCGCGCGCGGCCAGUGCGGCCACGUCGUCGCUCAAGAGCGCCGACGAAGUGUACAUCAGCUGA